CUGAGUUGGACAAGUAAAAAACUCUUGAGUUUUUCAGCCAAGUCUUUGCUUUCUACCCGCCUUUCUCAAAUAAAAGAAAUGGAGAUCCGGAAAGAUUUGCUGGAACUUCAGCUGUCCGAGCUGGAUAUGCUGAUGAGCAUGUACCCCGGAGGUGACGAACUUGUGCUGGACAACCCCGCGGCACCCACGGACAUCCGCCGGUUUGUGGACGGGCCCAGGGAGGCCCCGCCCCCGAGACUGGAGUUCACCCUUAACGUUGAAGUUGAUGAGCCAAAGGCCACAGUUGCCAUGUGGUGCAGUUUUCCUCCCCUCUACCCCGAGGUGUUGCCAAAAAUCCACCUGAGGAGCAAAGAGCUAUCCCGCCAGCAGCAAAAGGACAUUAACCAGAGCCUUCACUCUUUCCUCGACACUUCAGACUUAGGAGAACUCUGCACAAUGCCAGUGGUGCAGUGGAUACAGGAAAAUGCAGGAAAACACAUCACGCUUUCUCUUGCUGAGCUGCAAAGCACAAAUACACAGACAGCAAAGGAAGAAAAUAAACUGACAAGCUUGUCCAGGUUUUGGAUCUACAGCCACCACAUCUAUAGACAAGAACUGUUGCGUAAAAUUCCCGCUUUGGCCAAGGAACUGGAUUUGACAGGUUUUUGUCUACCUGGGAAGCCUGGGAUAAUUUGUGUGGAAGGCCAGACGAAAUACUGCGAGGAAUAUUGGCACAAGCUACGGUACCCCAACUGGAAACACAUCUCAUGUAAACACAGGGAGGAUGUCGAAUGUAAGGACCAGAAUGAAGAGGCUAAGUUCAGGCUGUUUAAUGUGUUUGAGGAGUUGGCAUUUGAAGCUCAUGGUGACUAUGGACUGAGGAAUGACUACCACAUGGACCUGGGACGGUUUCUGGAGUAUCUAAAGGAACACAAGUGUGACUACAUGUUUAGCAUCUUCUUUGGAGUUGAGGGAAAAGAAUCCCGAAAAUGAAAAGAUGAAUAAUUGAAUUUCAAUUCUAGCAGAAACUCAGUUGACUUAUACU